AUGAAGUCCACUCUUAUACCAAAGAUUGAAGAAAUAUGUGAGAAAUUCAUAUCAAAUUUCAUUAAUCGCAAUUAUCAGAAUAUACCACCAGAAAAACUUAUCCACGAUAGAACUUGGAAAGAAUCUGAAGAGAAAAUCUUGGAUAUUGCAAAAGAUCUUUUUUCCCUUCUCGAGAAUAUUUGGAUUAAUCCAAUCUUCAGUUCCGAACUUGCAAAAUCGUUAAACAAAGGCACCUACCAAUUGACAGUCAUUUUAUUAUCAAUUCAGAUGGUAUUAAAAAAUCUUCCUUUUAGAUUAUCUUCAUUUAUCAGUACUUCAGAACAGCAAAGUAUUGCUAGCGCUGAUAAAAAGGUUCUUAAACCAGACAAAGAUCAAUUUGGAGUAGUUGGAGUGCAAGUAGUGGGAAAUAUGUUAUAUCUGAACAUUCUUGUCAGAGAUAAAGCUAAUGUGCAUUGA